UCCGCCUAUUAGGCUGGUCAACUUCAUCUCCGAGGAAGAGUUGGAUCAGGCCAAGAAGACGAGGGGUGAGAGAGUCGACGAUGGAACCGCCCAGCGAGACAAGCCCUUGUACGAGAUAUUAAAAGAGAACAAAGACAGAAAAGAUGCAGAAUUCAAUGAGAGGUUCAAGCAUAGACCACCCAAAGCUCUAGAUGAGGAUGAGACAGAGUUUCUAGAUAAUUUGGAGAUGUCAAGGAGAAAAUAUGAGCGGCAACUGGCAGAUGAAGAAGCCCAGCAACUUCGCAGUUUCCAAGACGCAGUGGCUGCCCGGUCAUCUAUUGUUCAUGAGCUCAAAGAGACUCCUGCCAUUGCUAGAGCUGAGGAAAAGAAGCCAGUUGCAAAGAGAAGUCAGGAUGCACGGCCAGGGCACCUGAUUAUCUCAGUAAAACCACAAGCAAAGAAAGCAAAGAUAGAUGCCAAAUCUGAUAAAUCCUCAGUGACCGAUGGAUCAUCUAACGGACAAGUCGAUGAGAAGCCGCCUGAUGUUGCAUCUGUAAAGGCAGUCGGUGGUUUGGUCUCAUAUAGUGAUGAAAGUGAUGAUGACUGAUAUUUUCUCUCGGCGUGUGCUUGUUCUCUUGGCUUCCAUAUAUUUGCAGCAAUCUUUCUGUUAGAAAACCUAGGCAUAUGUAUAUUAGAUCAAUUUUCUUUGACCUGAGUAGUUUCAGUACCCAGCGUGCUUAAGCAUGUUGCACCAUGUUUUCUUUGUUUCAUAUAAGAUGCCUUUGCACUCGAAUUUCCUGGUCUGAGUGAUGGCAUAUAGAGAAACACGUGAUUUUCUGACCUUGUUCUUCCAGAUCUUUUUUUUCUUCUUGGUGUAAUAAUCUUAUUUCAUAGGAAAUAUUUUCUUUUAGAUUGGUUUCAAA